CGUCGCUCCAACCGCGAAACACAACACGAUCGCUAUUAAAAUCAGAUUACCGCGAGUGCCAGUAGAGUUACCCCAUUGGUGGACAUGGAUGUUGGAGCAUUAGCGAGCUAGGGACGUGCAAUGCGCGAAGAGCGGAAUGCUCGCCCUCGGCGUGUUUUUUCUGACAGUGUUGGACUAUUGUGUACCGUUCUACCAUCAUCAGUUCGCCGUUCACGUCCCCGGCGGGCCAGGGUCCGCCGACGAGAUUGCCCAUAAGCAUGGCUUCAUCAACCAUGGACAGAUUGGCAACUUGAAGCACUUCUACCUUCUGUCACACCCUCACGUCAGUAAAAGGUCGCCAAAUGCCAGCACAGACCACGUCACUAGGCUCAAAAAUGACCCACAGGUGAGAUGGGCGAUGCAGCAGAGGGAAGUGAGGCGGACCAAGAGGGACCACAGGGCAGAGUGGCCGCGCCACGUGAUGCGGCAGUCCAGUGCGCCUUCUUUCCCCGACCCACUCUUCAAGGAACAGUGGUACUUGAACGGUGGCGCUGCAGACGGUCUCGACAUGAACGUCGGGUACGCUUGGAGGAAAGGAUAUACGGGGAAGGGGGUAGUUAUAACAAUUUUAGACGAUGGCAUCCAGCCAAACCAUCCGGAUCUGUCGCAGAAUUACGAUCCAGCCGCAUCAACAGACAUAAACGGGAACGACACCGAUCCCACCCCGCAGGACAAUGGCGACAAUAAACAUGGCACCCGAUGCGCGGGAGAGGUCGCAGCGGUCGCUUACAAUAGGUACUGCGGCGUUGGAAUAGCUUACAACGCCAGCAUCGGCGGAGUCAGGAUGCUAGACGGCCUAGUUAACGACGCAGUCGAAGCACAAGCCCUCAGCUUCAACACACACCACAUAGAUAUCUAUAGCGCCUCCUGGGGGCCAGAAGACGACGGAAAAACCGUCGACGGACCAGGCCCCCUCGCUAGAAGGGCAUUUAUAAACGGAGUCACAAACGGCAGAGGGGGCAAAGGAUCCAUUUUUAUAUGGGCGUCAGGAAACGGGGGGAGACACACCGACUCCUGCAAUUGCGACGGUUAUGCAAAUAGCAUUUUCACUAUAUCAGUUUCUAGCGCAACCCAAGGGGGGUAUAAGCCUUGGUAUUUAGAAGAAUGCUCGUCGACUUUAGCGUCGACUUAUAGUUCUGGGACGCCGGGGCGGGAUAAGAGCGUCGCUACCGUAGAUAUGGACGUCCAAUUAAGGCCAGAUCAUAUUUGUACUGUAGACCAUACAGGAACAUCGGCGUCGGCCCCAUUAGCAGCAGGAAUAUGCGCAUUAGCACUAGAAGCAAACCCCUUGUUGACAUGGAGAGACAUGCAACAUCUAAUAGUCAUUACUUCGAGAUCCCAGCCAUUAGAAAAGGAAGAAGGAUGGAUAGUUAAUGGCGUUAAGAGAAAAGUCAGUCAUAAGUUCGGUUACGGGCUAAUGGACGCGGCUCAAAUGGUCACAUUAGCAGAACAAUGGUCCAGCGCUCCGCCGCAACACAUUUGUAAGUCACAAGAAAUAAACGAAGACAAGUCCAUUGAAACAUCUUUCGGUUAUACGAUAUCAGUACAUAUGGAUGUAAAUGGCUGCAGCGGCACUAUGAACGAGGUCAGGUUUUUGGAACACGUUCAAUGUAAAAUUUCACUGAGCUUUUUCCCAAGAGGUAAUUUACGGAUACUGCUUACGUCGCCGAUGGGGACAACGUCCACCCUUUUAUUCGAAAGAACACAUGACGCAACUAGUUCCAACUUCGAUGACUGGCCUUUUUUAAGCGUACACUUCUGGGGCGAGAACGCAGAGGGCCGGUGGACUCUCCAAAUAAUAAAUGCCGGGAAUAAUCACGUAACUCAACCUGGAGUACUGAAAAAGUGGCAGUUGAUUUUUUACGGGACCGCCACUAAUCCUAUCCGGCUGCGAAAUAAGGGUUACUAUAAUUCAAAUAAUGUGUACCAGGAGGAAAAAACCUAUCACAUAAACGAUGUUUAUGACGCAUCUGAAUAUUCUCAAUUUCUCAACGAGAUCGAGCUUGGUAUUUCUGAUAGGCAUAGUUAUCCCAAGAACAUUCCGUCGGCUCAGCGAAAAAAUGUAUUGGCAGAUGCCAAUGAUAAACAGGUACAAAGAUUAUGCGACCCGGAAUGUGAUUCGCAGGGCUGCUAUGGCAAGGGUCCGACUCAGUGCGUCGCGUGCAAACAUUAUCGUUUGGAUAAUUCUUGCGUCUCGAGGUGCCCGCCGAGAAGCUUCGUGAAUCAAGGAGGCGUGUGUUGGCCGUGUCACGAGUCGUGUGAAACUUGUGCCGGGGCCGGCCAAGACUCUUGCCUAACUUGUGCACCCGCACACCUGUUAGUUAUUGAUUUAGCAGUUUGCCUACAACAAUGCCCAGAUGGCUAUUAUGAAGACCCCGACGCGAGUGCUUGCUUUCCGUGCGCCGAACACUGUUACACCUGCUCCGAAAAGGCCGACAUGUGCUCAUCUUGUGCACAUAAUUACUUUCUGUAUAACGGCUCUUGCUUAGCAGCUUGCCCGCCCGGUACAUAUCAAAAAGAUGAUUUUAGUUGCACGCCUUGCCACGAGUCGUGCGAAUCGUGUUCCGGGCCGAGCGAGACGGAGUGUGUUUCCUGUCGUCUCGGCGAUUAUGCAUUAAAAAACCGCUGCGUCCCAAAAUGUCCUUUAGGCUAUUACGCCGACGCACAAAGGAGGGAAUGUCUCUCGUGUCCAAUAGGAUGCACGAUUUGCACGUAUGCCGUCUGCUCCGUUUGCAAAGAGAAAUGGAUUCUUACCAAAGGCGGAAAUUGUUUCCCGGAUGGCAAUGACAAAUGCGACACCAACGACGAGUAUUAUGAGGGAGGGCGCUGUAAAAAUUGCCAUUCCACUUGCGACAAAUGUAGCGGACCAAAUGAGUGGGACUGUUUGUCUUGUUCGAGCCCGUUGUUAUUACAGGGAUCGAGGUGUGUCGCAGAAUGCGGUCAGGGGUUUUACCAAACGGCAGGGCGUUGUACGCGCUGUCCACAUACAUGUGCGGCGUGCGUUUCGAGGUUGAAUUGCACGUCUUGUGCUGGUGCCUUAAGGUUGCAAUCUGGGACGUGCCGAGUGACGUGUGCUCCUGGUUACUACCCUGAUGAAGGGACGUGUUCAAAGUGUUACCUAUCAUGUGAGACUUGUACAGGUCCGAGAAGAGAUCAGUGCGCGUCCUGUCCUCCUGAUUGGAGACUCGCAGCUGGGGAGUGCAGGCCAGAGUGUCCUCAGAACUUCUUUCCAUGGCAGGAGAGUUGUAGAAGAUGCCACCACUACUGCCAAGACUGCCGUGGUGCUGGGCCGCAGCGUUGUACGUCAUGCCCGCCUCACUUUUCCUUGGAAGGUGGCCUAUGCGUGGAGUGCCUUAGUUCUCAAUACUACGAGCCCAGGUCGAGAACCUGUGAGCCGUGUCAUGAUUCGUGCAGAUCUUGCUCGGGGCCUGGACCGACCAGCUGCGUCACUUGUGCCCAUCCUCUUCGUUUAGAUAGGGUAAACCACAAAUGUUUGCCGUGUUGUACAGAAAGUAUGCUCUCAUUUUAUUUGAGUACGAAUCAGACUACAGACUGUUGUCAUUGCGACAAAGACAUUGGGGGCUGUCUGAACGGCUCGUCAGCUGGGAAGCGGCGAAUCGCGGAGAACAUUCGCUCGCACGUAACCGCGUCUUUAUUCGUUGACGACGCGGCGGGCGCGGCGAGCUCCGACCGUACUUUGCUGGCGUGGAGCGUAGCGGCGACCGCGUUCGGGGUCAUCACGCUUAUCGUUAUUGUGAAGAUAACAACCAGAAAACGCAAACAUCGGACUAUGUUCCCGAAGACAGAAUACUCCCAGCUGACGACAGUUGACGAAGACCUGGUCGCUCUGUCAACAUCAACGACUACACUCAAAACUAGUGAGGUCAACGACCCAUUACAGACUUUGUGUGAACUCGAAGAACCAACAUAGCAAUUUGAACCUAA